AUGUCAUGUGACAAUGAAACUAACCGACAAGACUUUUAUACAUCAAUUGAUGCUGACAUUGCUCUCGGUGGAAAAAAACCAACUUCUUGUUUUGUUUCAAUUAGAAGAGAUUUUAGAAAAUGUGCAUAUCCAAUGUGUGGAGGAUAUUUUAUUCAAACUAUUAAUAGUAAUAGUGAACAAGUUUAUGUUGCUACAGUCGCAUUUGAAUCAAACCAACCAAUCAACAAAUCAGUAGUAUUGGAAUCUUAUGGAAAGAGUGUAAUAGUAAAUGGUUAUACUCGUUCAUCAUCUCAAAGAGGAUACAAAGAAUUUGUUGUAAAGACUGCUCAUGUAUCUAUGGAAUAUGAAGGAAUUGGAGAAGCCAAGGGUAACUUUUAUUUCUUUAAAUCAACUGGUAUCAUGUGUAUCAAAGCUCCAUGUCCAUCAACAUCGGCCACUGAAUUAAAUACUGGUAAUUCAGUGAUUGUAUCUUCAUUCUCUGAACCAUACAAUGAACAUGUUCAUCGUUUCGAUGGUUCUUGGGCCAUUUCUCGUGUCUAUGAUGAAGAUGGUUCUGGUCAUGCAAUUGUUCAAAUGGUGCCAAAUCAACAGGCUUCUGAAUUUACCAUCACUAGAAUCUACAUUCAAGUUCCAGAUCCAAUCAAACCAUGUCCAAAAGUCACUAGAAAGUGUCCAAAAGGUCAAGUUGAUCUAUUUGAUCGUGACACUAAUCGUUGUCUUGUAUUUAGAGAAUGUGCCAAACCUGGUGUCUGUAUCCUUAGUAUCCCCCUCUGUCAAGAAAAGUGGAGAUUACAUAGUUAUCCUUCUCUUCAAAACGGAUGCAACAACUACUAUUGUGACCCAGACUUUACUACUCCUGCUCAACAAAUUAAAUAA